AUGCAGAGGCCCCCAGAUUUACCGCCUCGUUUCCCGUGCUGGGUAAGAGCGAAGUUUAGUUAUGGAGGCGAGUCAAAAUACGAUCUAGGAUUCAUGGAAGGAGAUUUAAUAGAAUGUCUCAAUGCUGGAGAUGGCUCAUGGUGGAUGGGGAGGCUAUGGAGAGAUAAACGAGUGAAAGGAUUAUUUCCCUCGAAUUUUGUUGAAAUACUCGACAUGAACUUUCGACCAGCUGUGCGCUCAUCGAGUCCAUUACCACAUCGAUCUCCCAGCACUAAUCCUUUUAAUCCACAACCACCUCAGAUCAACAAGGUAAAGCCAUCUCGGAAACCAUAUCAAUCGUACUCUGCUCCUAAUCCGACAGUGUUGAAACGAGCCGAAAUGCAGAAGCAGGAUAGCGCUGCUACAUCUCGAAAUACUUCAACUACCACUCGAUAUGACCAAAAGUCUACGUCCGUGUCGCAGGCUCGCCAUAACGAAUCAAGGGCUGUGUCUCCAGUCCCGCCAACACAUUUUGAACACAGGUCCAACCCGAAUUAUGCUCUUUCAGCUCAAAAUUAUUACGAUAACAACCUUUGCGUCCCUCAUCUACCCUCUCCUGAUCCAACUCUAUACAGCAACUAUAGCUACCGAGCUACUUCCUCCGCACUGCCAAGUGCUGAGUAUUUCCCUUGUUCAAACCUUCCAACGUACAGAGAACAAAACGAAGGAUAUUCCAGACCAACUUCUCCAGUAUCCCCGCCUCUAAAUGAGACCUAUACCAAUCACUCUCCUUCUCCCGAACCUCAUUAUAUGGCUGAAUCAUCAACACCACCUCCUGUCCCUCCCCCUCAUCGAAUAGUUUUCGCAUCUCACAUGGCUGAAGACAGUACUGAUUACCCAACAACUCGACAAAGCCCCCGAGAACCAUCAUCUUCCUCAGCAUCUUCCCGAGCUGCCGGGCUAACACCUUCGCCCCUUCGAUCAGCCAUGGAUGAUGUGAUAUCUUCACUAGCAGAUAUGGGCCUCACCCGCGAAGAUUAUACCCCUGAACCGAUAUCAAACCCCUGGUCACCUGAGUCAUUUGGGCGAACGUAUUCGAAAGCUUUGAUGGAGAGAUCAGCUUCUGCGUUACGAGCAACAAGUUCGAGUAGGUGUAGUGGAGAACCACUAUCACACCAGAAUAGAGGCGAACUUUUACAUUACGCGAGCGAGAGCUCACUACAGACGGCGCAACAGCCACCGUUGUUGAGUAACUAUGUACAACGAAUGGAAAGUAGACUUGGUAAAGUGCAACACAGUGCCUCCCGCGCUACGAAGGACGAACAAGGUCCCCCAGUCCCCCCGAAGUGGAGCUCAUACGAUAGGCCGAAAUCUUUUAUCGAAGAGGACUCGUACGAGAAGCCCAAACUUCGACAUCGAAGGUCUGCCUACGAAGUCGGUAAAUCUAUGCUUGGGCGAACCUUCACUAAUAAGACGAAUUACACCAACUCUUCAGGUACCGGAAGCACGACGACAAACACGACAGCCAGCACUGAACGUAGUCUAAUGAGUGGCCCCUCUGCAACUGGCUUAUCUAAUACUAGUGCAGGAAGUUUAGAGCGCAAAAGAAUAGCUGCGUCUAAUGGACGGUCUCAUAGCUCGUUUGGAACUAGAAAGGACCAGUUGUUUAAUGGCAAAAACGGUCAGGCUGAAUUCAAAGAUAUUCGAUCCGAGACACCAGUAACUAGUUUCUCCUAUCAUAGCAGUCACGCAUCUGAGCCCAGUAAAUUGCAAUCUCAGGUAGCUUUGCACGAGCAGCCUCUGAUAGGAAUCGAUACCCUGGGCGGUCUCGUCGCACCAAAGCCUAAAAAAAAUGGAUUCUUCAAAAAAAUCAUCGAGACAGCCAAAACCGGGGCGGCUAAUGCUAAAAGUAGCUUUGUUACCAGUGAUUCAUCCAAAUCGGCUAGUAUGCCAAAAGUUCUGGAUGGCUCAAUAACUCACGCCGGUGGAUACAGAAAAGUCAAAAGUGAGGAUGCAAAAAUCUCAGAUGCAAACUCCGGCAUCGAUUGGGUACAGGUAAGACGCGAUGUUAACCGCUCCAACUCUCUUAGCAAAAUUGAACGGAUUGAGAGGAGAGAAAAAUGUCAAAUGAUGGACUUUCUAGCUAUUAAUCCCGUUGACGAACUUAAUGAACAAUGUGAUGGGAAUGAAGGGGCAGACGGGCUGCCAAUUGCGGAACCGACAAAUUUCCACGCAGUAAACUUUUCACUCGUGGACAAAAAUACACGAUUCAUUAAUAGUCUUCCACCGAUGACGAACUCGAUUAGCUUGGCAACCGGAUUUGUUUGUAGGCCCUACAAGAGUGACGUGCAGCGACUGAGAGCUAUUUUUACUUGGGUUAGCGAGAAAAUAAUGUGGGAAGGAGACUUCAACAGCGAGUUCGAUUCCAGACGAGUCAUACAAAGCAAAAAGGGCUGUACACAAGAAGUUGCUAAUCUGGUCGCUGAAAUGUGCGCAGCUGUUGGCAUAUGUGCUGAAGUAGUACGUGGAUAUUUGAAAAUACCAGGAGAAGUUCCUGAACUGAAUUAUACACCUCACCCAAACCACUGGUGGAAUACCGUUCUCAUCGACAAUGAGUGGCGAAUCAUGGAUUGCUCCCUCGCUGCACCCUCUCACCCCAAUCGUGGUCUUUUCUCAAGUUCCAGUAGCCAGAUUUCGGAGACAUGGUGGUUUUUAACCUGUCCAACCAAAAUUUGCUGGACACAUGUACCGGAACAUCACCAACAACAGCAUAUUUGUCCACCUAUCCCACCCGAAGUCCUACUUGCUCUGCCAUGUGCUUGUCCACCCUUCUUCAAGAACGAGAUUGAAAUGGUCGACUAUGACACAAGUCUAGUUCGCAUUGAAGACCUUGAGCUCGUUCAUAUCAAGUUUAGAGUUCCCGCAGAUGUUGAGUGUGUAGCUGAAGUAGAAGCAAAGGCAUUCGAGCGGGAUGCUGAUGGUGACUUUUUUGAAAGUGGUGAGAUCGUAAAGAAGCGUGCGCUAUCUCAAGCCGAAUGGAUCCAUGGUCAAAAACGAUAUACCGUCAAGGCACUUCUUCCUGCAGAUGAGGGGAGUGGUAUUCUAAAGAUUUACGCUGGGAAGCGUGGAUUAAUGCAUUCUAUCAAAGACAUUCCGUACCCAUUAGCUUUUGCAUUGCCAAUUAUCCACACGGGAAAUAAUCCACCCUAUGAGUUUCUCACGCGUCACCCAACACCUCAUGCGCAAAGGCACGAUCUUUAUGUCGCUCAACCUCAGUGUCAGCGUCUCGCGAUAAAUAACACGUUUGUCUUUGCCAUCCGUCAACAUCCCUCUUCCCUUGAUGCAGCGCCUACUAGCCCCGGCGGCUCGUCUCCUAUUCCAAUUAUGCGUCCCUGCUCUGCUAUUUCGAUGAGCAGCACAUCAGCUACCACUUCCAACCCAAGCAGCACUAGCUCUCAGCCGACAACCAAGCCGGCCAAGCUAGCAAUUCAGUCCCCGGGCGGCAAAGUAAUGCGGCUCAUGCGUAAAGAAGAGCGAAAUCUGAAUAACAUACAAUCUGUAGAAAAAGGCGACGGUGGCACCUGGGAAACUAUCAUUAAAAUUGGCGAGAGGGGCGUAUGGAGAGGAUUGGUCCUUGCCGAUCGAACGGCUCGGUGGUGUGUUUUUGCGGAAUGGACUUGCGAAUGA